GGCCCGGUUGGCAGGUGCCUUCUCAAAGGCCCAUCGUCCUCCACUUCCUGAGGAGGCAGCAGCAGAACAAAGCCAGCAGAGACUCCUUUUCUCUUCUUCAUCCAGUCACAGCUGCCUCAGCCUCUGCCUCCUGGCACCAUCCUGGGGAAGGACAAGAUGAAGUGGACAGCACUUGUUAUAGUGGCCAUCCUGCAGGCACAGUUCCCAAUUACAGCGGCACAGAGCUUUGGCCUGCUCGAUCCGAAACUCUGCUACCUGUUGGACGGGAUCCUCUUCAUCUAUGGCGUUAUUGUCACUGCCCUGUUUCUGAGAGCGAAGUUCAGCAGGAGUGCCGACGCCCCCGCCUACCAGCAGGGCCAGAACCCAGUCUACAACGAGCUGAAUGUCGGCCGAAGAGAGGAGUAUGCAGUCCUGGAUAGGAGAGGGGGCUUCGACCCUGAGAUGGGGGGGAAACCGAGGAAGAAGAACCCCCACGAAGUCGUGUAUAAUGAGCUAAGAAAAGACAAGAUGGCAGAAGCCUACAGUGAGAUCGGGAUGAAGAGUGACAACCAGCGGCGAAGAGGCAAGGGGCAGGACGGUCUUUACCAGGGACUCAGCAAGGCCACCAAGGACACCUAUGACGCCCUCCACAUGCAAGCCCUGCCCCCUCGCUAAUAGCUGCUGGAGUUUCAGCACUCACAGGCCAGACCUGUAGACGGCCAGAUUGUCAAAGAUACAGGAUAAAGCAUUUAUAACCCAGUUCACUCAUAUUUCUCCACCACCCAAGUAUUUCUCUUUAUGAGUGGGAUGCUUCAAGUUGUAACAUUUGGUCAUACCCAAUUCCAAACUCACACAGAAUUUUGUCCUUGGACGCUGGGAGAGAGUGCAUCCCCGUGCCCUUCCCUGAGGAGUCCACUGUGAACGCACCUUGUUCUCAGGUCUUCUGGUUUCCGGGAGACUGUAGGCAGGCCCUGCUCCCUGCAGCUCCAGGCUCUUAACUGGGAGCCGGGCCCCCUCCUUCUCAAACAUAACUGAAUUCAGGGUGUGUUUUGUAAAGUUCCCAGAGAAACCACAAAUGUUAGUGCCUGUCCUAAUAGUCUGUAUCGUUCUGUCAGCUUUUGAGUAGCUUUGCUGCUGCUGUAAAUUUGGCUUCAGUUGUUACCGUGCCCCCUAAUUUCAAGGUAACUGGUGAUUGGGCCAGGAAGGGGGCAGAGGGGAAGGUGGGAGUAGGUGGCAGUUGGUAGAUGAGGGGUGGGAGCAGGGGAGCCGGAGGCCUGGGGAGGGGUGUGAAGGAGCCCUCCUGCGAUCAAGUGUGCAUUCCCCGUGAUAGAACCUGUAUGCCAGGCCCUCUUUUGGGACCGAGAGAUGAACAGGCCCAGCCUUGCCCUCAAGGAGCCCAUGCUCUCAUAGGGAAGCGAGCUGUGAAGAGUCUGGGAUGAAAGAACAGAGCGGUGUCAUUGCAGAUGUUGAACAGGUGAGCUGGCAGCGAGAGAAGCAAGACCACGUUCUUUGCAGCCACUUGCUCACCUCAUGGAGUGAGACAAACCCAUCUCAUCAAACGGGCAAGGCCUUGAAGGACGACUUGGUAUAGCUCGAACCUAGAAAGAUCCCAAAGGACAGUGGCAUCACAAAAAGAGCCUCAGCUGACGUGUUAGAACAGAGCUGUGUAAUAAAAGGGCACAUGGUGAUGGAUGGAAAACCCACUCUGCUUGGUCUUAAUUUAUACUGGUUUGCUAGAGCCUUACUCUUUUGCAUAAUAAAUAACUUUAGUGAAAA